AUGAACUCGACCCCGGAUGAGGGCGAGAACUUUCUUCGCGAUGGGAGUGAAGAUGGGCGAAGAGACGAUUUCGAACAAGAGUUUGCCAACGAGAAUGAUAGAGAUGUGCUUGAGAUAGUAUCAUCCCCGCAAAAACAUUCAGAAGCUACGGUCGCAGACAUCUCGGGUGCACUGAAUGCUGAACAGGAUGACAAUGACUUGAUUGGGAGUGAAACAGAAUCUCUCCUCCCGGGAACCAAUGGAGUCAGCAAUGCUGUGUCCCUGAAUCGAGAAGAGAAUGCCCAUAGCUUGGAUGAUUCUGCGUCGAUACCAGAUGAUACGCCCUCUGUCCAGGACUCCGUUCUCUCGUCCCCUCGGAGUGAAACCGAGUCCCUCCGCGGUCCAGCUCGCAGAGGGAGUCCUUCCACCGUCCACCGACCCUUUGAUGCCCGAUUUCAAUCCCGUCUAUCAAGCGCGCAAUUUUCUCCUCUACGAUCAAGCUCGCCGGCAUACCUUGUGGGCCAUUCUCGUCACUCCUCCGUUGCCAGCCUGGGACUACAGACCCCAUCAGAGCCGGAUGAAUUCACCAGUCCGUGGGACGUCAUAAGGUGGAACAAGUUCAAAAAGAUCACUGCUCAAGUUUUUUCAGAAAUUGGGAGAAGGAAUUUUGGAAGUCCAACAUGUCUGGCUGUCGCGGAUCACCUGGCCGUGGGGACGUCCAAAGGGGUGGUGCUGGUGUUUGACCACCAACAAACCCACAAGGCUAUCGUCGGCAGUGGCACGAAAGCGGCAGAAAGUGGUGCCGUAACCUCGCUCGCCAUUUCUGCCGACCACACUACCAUGGCCGUGGGACAUGCAACCGGCCAUGUCUUCACAUGGGAGUUGCCUAGACCUACGCGGCCAUUUCUGCACAUUCAGCCCGUUGAUAACUCUCAACCUCAAGCCAGACAUGGAGAUGGGCACAUUGUUGGUAGCGCCGUUCUUCAUGUCGGAUUUCUUGGUUACCGCCAUACCGCCCUCGUCUCGGCUGAUGACAAAGGCAUGGCAUUCUCUCAUCUGGCUACUCGAGGGAUGGGCGCUGUCGGUCGUGUUGUCCGCACCACUCGAAUUCUAGGCAGAUACCCGGAAGUCGUUUCACGCUCGACGAAGCCAUUGAAGAAAAGCUCUGUUCUUGCCUUUUCGCCCUUACCAUUAGGCAACAUAGAGCAGCGGACUGAUGGCAUGGGACUGGUGGCAAUGUUGACGCCGUAUCUCCUGGUCAUAGUCUCAACGACCCCGGUGGCACAGACACAGCAUAAGGCUGCUCGACCAAAGGAGGUUGCGGCGCAUAGUGCCAUGACCGCAGCACUGGCUUGGUUCCCGGCCAUCAAGCUGAAGUCACACGAUUCAGAAGUUUCCAAGACCAAGCUUGUCUAUGCCUGGUCAAACAUCCUCACUGUCUUGGAAGUGCAUGAAGCGCAGGUCGAAGAUGAAGCCGAGAAAGACAAGCCUCCGGAGUUGCAAUUUCUAGCGCGAAGUCGGUACCAGGCAGAGGAGGCGAUCGUUGCAGUUCAAUGGCUGAACAAGUCGGUCCUGGCUGUUUUGACCAUUACUCAACAGCUUCUCAUCAUUGAAGACCUUACGAUGCAUGUGACUGAUUCUUUUGACCUGUUGAAGAAGAAUAUCUACCAUGCAGAUCUUUAUUCCCAGCAACUGCGCGCAAUUAUCGAGCAGCUUGAUGAAGAAGACACCUCCAUGCAUGGUAUAGUCGCCGACGCAUUUCAUAUGAGUUUUCGAGCCUAUAAAGGCAGGUUGUUCCUGCUUAGUUUCAACGACAUCUGGACAGGCGCGUUGACAAACUGGGCCGAUCGUCUUUUGGCGUUGAUCAACGUCGGCGAUUUUAUCGGCGCUAUUCGACUAGCCACCAAAUAUUACAAAGGAGAAGGCGAAAAGGCCACCAUUGGUCUACCAGAAGAUGACAGCAUUCGAGCCGGCCUUGUUCGAGAGAAACUGUUUGAAAUGAUGAGCGCUUCUCUGAAAUAUGCAUUUGGAAAAAAUCAACAAGCAGGCAACGAACCGAUUGAGAAGCCACAAAUGGUCGAACUAGCAGAUGCUUGUAUCCAGGCUUGUCUCGUAAUGGAAGAUCAAGAUUUUCUGUUUGAGGAAGUGUUCGCCUGGUACGAUGAUCACGAAAAUGGCCCUUUGUUUGUGGAUGUCCUUGAACCAUAUAUCUUGGACCAAAGGAUAGUCUCUCUACCUCCGCCGGCUUUGAAGACCUUGAUCAAUCAUUUUGCCAUGACUCACGCUCCAUCAACACUUGAAGAAAUCAUCUGCAUGUUGGACACUUCUACCAUGGAUAUCGAUCAAGUAACGACUUUAUGCAAGCGAUACAACUUGUAUGAUGCCUACAUUUAUGUCUGGACGAUGGCGCUACGCGACUUUACGGCACCGUUGACGCUGCUUCUUGACCUUGCUGAUAAUGAGGAGCCAACCCCGCAGCAGAUUGCCAACAUCUCCGAUAAAUUUAGCAUUGCGCAAAAGAUGUUUCCGUACAUGUCAUUCAUCCUGACGAGCCGAAUAUAUCCGACUGGAAAGCCUAUGGAUGACGACGAUUCCAUUCCAGCAAAGGGUCAAAUCUAUGAUUUUCUCUUUUCCGGCACUUCACCGUCAAAUGAAAAGUCGAACAAGGACGCUCCUGCAAGUGGGAACACGAAAUCAGCAGGCUCAUUUGAAGGACUUUCUCGAAUCCUACAUUUUGACCCCGCCAGCUUCAUCUCAGCCUUGAAUGAGGCAUUCGAGGACAAUUUUCUCAACGCGAGCGACGACGACCCUCUUAACAUCCCAGGAACGACCCAAACGAUGACGCGAACCUACACGCGUCAAUACAUUGUGCGCGUCAUGCUGGAAGUCAUGUCAUCCGGUUUUGACCCGGAAGACACAAUCUAUCUAGACAUGUUCAUUGCGAGAAAUCUGGCUAAAUAUCCUCAAUAUAUGGUCCUUUCGGGUUCAAUCUUGCAGGAAAUUUUUCGCCGUCUCUGCCGAUACCCCGACAACGAAAUGCGGGAAGACGCCCAGUUGAGUAUCGAAUACCUGUUAUCCAUCUAUCAGCCACCCAACAUACUCGACUUUGUCCCUGCGCUCCGAGAAGCAAAGUUCUACCGGGUUCUCAAGUCCGUCUUUAAACAGGAAAACCACUAUCCCGAGAUGAUAGACACGUAUUUCCUUGACGAUGAAGAUCAAGAAGGCGUGUUUUCUUCAAUUAUUGAAUGUCUCCGUCCAGAAUCACCUCUCAUCAGCCAACAGAAGACUGAGGUCAGAAAAACCGUACAAGAACAUGCCUCGGGCCUUGUGGGCCUGGACAUUCAGAGGACUGCAAGCACAAUUGACACAGUUGCCCCAGAUAUGCAUCAUAUAUUCUUACAGGUGUUGAGAGAUGACGAAUUUGGUCAGUAUGAGUACCUCAAAACACUGCUAGAACCCGAAGACGAUCAUCAUCCCGGAGGCAACUAUGACCACCAGAUUAUGGAAUCUUAUGUUCGACUCUUAUGUCAAUUCAACCCCUCCCAUGUGAGAGACUAUGUCGAAAAUGUGAAAGAAAGCGACUUACGACUUGGGGAAGUCUUGCCGACAAUGGAAGACAGUGGGAUAAUCGACGCCAUUGUGAUCUUGCAAGUCCGUCAAGGACAAGUCAAGGAGGCCAUGGAUCGGUUGACCAAACAUCUUUCCUUCCUCGGAUCGACCUUGAAGGGGUUGAACGCGGAGAUUCCAAUGCACUCCAAUGACGCGUCUGUCAAAUGUCCCCGCGAACCGGUGCUUGAAUCGGUAGAUAAGUACGCAAGAGUGGGCAUUUGGUUAUGUCAAGGACAGAUGAAGAAUGGCCCCAAAUCAACCACAGUCUCCAAAUCACCAAGAAGGUCGGCCAGUGCAACUCGGGCUUUAUCCUUUGAAGAGACACUGUGGCUCGAUCUCAUUCUCUGCGUCGUGUCAAUUGCCCGAGAGAUCUCCCUGGGGUCAUCAACCUCUGCCAAUGAACCCGGAAAUGAAUCACAGGUCGAGAUUACCACAUCCUUGCGAUAUACCAUCCAACAAGUAUUUUCUGCUCUAUUGGCUAGUACCACAUCGAUGCGGGAAGGCUCUGGUGGCCAGGACAUGGCAUUCCUCCGCAUCUUACGAGCGUUUCUCACGCAUGCUGCUGAAGCUAGUCCUUCGUUGACCGAACUACGCAACGUAAUUGCUUCCAUAUUUUCGGCAUACACAUAUGAGGAGUCACUUCUUUCCCUGUCAAAUGCAAUGCUAGACAAGGAUGUGUUUGUCCACCUUGAUGAAGUGACGGCUCUUAGACAACGAGGUUGGAGGCCUCGAGGGCAAGUAUGCGAAGCCUGCCGACGUCGCGUAUGGGGGCCCGGGAUCGGAGAUAAAGUGUGGGAAGAGUGGCAAAAGAGGGAAGAAGCUAGACUCGCCCGUCAGCGUCGUGUUCAGUACGUUGAGCCGAUAGAGGAAGAUGAUGGCACGAGAGGUAAGGGGAAAGCCACCAUAGGCGCAAGCUCGCACGAGCCACUUGAAGAUGAUGGCUCGAGUGGAGCAGCGCCAGUGGGAGAGAACCCUGGACCGAUUGUGGUCUUUUCUUGUCGGCACUUAUACCAUCAGAAAUGCCUGGGGGAGGGACGUGUUGGGGAUGGAUCACCCCAGAUGGUCUGUUCGGCUUGUGUAUAG